GUCCGAUUGCAAAAUAGAAUAUCGAUUAAGGAGUAAACCGGAAUAAGAGUAACGGAAUAUACUUGACAGACCUCUCUCAGUAGAAGAAUCACUGAGAAACUUUCACUUCUUCUUCGUCUCCGUAGUUUCAGUUUCGAUCUGUAAAGUUUCAAACUUGUGGUCGAAUUUUUAAAUGGGAAGUGGAAGAGAUAGAGACGACCCUUUAUCCUUCACCAGCAAUCCAUCUACGGCGUCGUCUCCAGUCACUGUAUCUGACUAUCUCGACAACUUUCUCGGCGAACCCACUUCUCGCUCCGGUAGUUUUCAAAGCGAGAGCUUACUCGGUGGAGGCGGUGGAGAAAGCAUCAACGACGCUGAUUUUGGAUUCGCUCGUCCUGAUUUCCGAUCGGAACAACUAGCUGGAACCGUACAGUUUUACGAGAGGCAUGUCUUCUUGUGCUACAAAAAGCCAUCUGUUUGGCCCGCAAGGAUCGAGGCUGCUGAGUUCGAUCGAUUGCCUAGGCUACUCUCUGCUGCUGUAUCGGCCAGAAAGGGUAGCAUGAAGAAGGAGACUCGACUCACAAUAUGUGAGGGGCAUGAUGGAACAGAGACAUCCAAUGGUGAUGUACUUAUUUUUCCUGAUAUGAUCAGAUACAGGAGAUUGACUCACUUUGAUGUGGAGACCUUUGUGGAAGAGGUGCUUGUGAAGGAUGGUGAAUGGCUGCCUGGAAAUCCUGAAUUGCUGAAAGGCUCAUAUGUCUUUGUAUGUUCCCAUGGAUCCCGAGACCGGCGAUGUGGGGUUUGUGGGCCGUCGCUAGUUAGUAGAUUCAGAGAAGAACUUGAGUUCCAUGGUCUUCAAGGUAAAGUGUCAAUUAGCCCAUGUUCUCACAUAGGUGGUCACAAAUACGCUGGGAAUGUUAUCAUCUACCGAUCAAACAUCAACAGGGAAGUCACAGGACACUGGUAUGGGUAUGUGACCCCAGAAGAUGUACCUAUUCUUUUGGAGCAGCACAUCAACAAAGGCGAGAUUGUAGACCGGCUAUGGAGGGGUGAAAUGGGUCUAUCAGAAGAAGAUCAGAAGAAAACUCAAGAAGGGCGAUUUCAGCUAAAUGGUACAGUCCAUUCCGUAAAGAUCAAUGGGAAAGUGAGUCAAGAAUCAUCGGUUCACAACGCCGAUGUUUCCUGUUGCCAGUCACGAGCUGCAGAACCUAAUGGUUGUUGCCAACAAAAUGGGAACAGCUCUUCAUGUUGUCAAGACGACACUACUCUGAUGUUGUCACUGGGAACAUCAGAAGAUAAUCAACUUGAAAGUGAAAACAACACUGAGAAGCUGACACCAGGAAGAAAAAUUGCAGAAAAGACUUUCUUUAGAAUUAAUAGUGACAAAGGAUCUUCGACACGUAAGGUUUGCGGAAUACCAACAUGGUUAGAGAGCUGGGAGCGAGAAGAUACUUAUGCUGCUCUUGCUGUUGUCUGUGCUGCUGCUUCCGUGGCUGUUGCCUAUACUUGCUACAAACAGUUGUAACGAAGAAAUUUGUAGCCCUAAGAUGAUUGUGUAUUGUGUUCUUAUAAGACAUUGUGAUUUUGUUUCUGCUUUCAAACUACAUUUUCCUUUCGAUUUAAAGGAGGGUUCUUGUCAGAACUGUUUGAUGAUAUGUAUCCUGUUAACUCUGCUUCUGCUUCUCAAGAUUCUUAGAACCGAGUGUUAUUGCUAAAAUAUCUCAGCUUUCGCAAUUUCUGAUUUAGAAAAGUAGCUUAGGGCUUUUAAGCUUCUUUGCGUUGCAGGUAAUCACAAAACCAUCUCAGCGUGAACUCUCAAGAAUGGCAUUGACAAAGAAUUAAAAAGAGUUAUCACAUUUUCAAAAUACUAAACGUAUUUGCAGAUCGCCAAGAACAAAUUGAUAAAUCUAAUGGCAGUUUUCUUGCUGAAAUAUGUCAAAAGAAAUCGAACUCCAGAUAAUUACUCUGGUCAGACUUGACACUAGUAGAUGUGGCUGCUGCUGGAGUAGCAGGCGCACUCUCAUAAUCAACCGGUUUUGGUAUCUCUGGUGGGCUAGCGCAUCGAACCAAUGCCCAAUUCACUCCUUCAAAGAAA